AUGUAUGCAUUGCCUACUAGUGCUGACCGUGCUGGUCACCUGUGCGUCCCGCCUGACCCAGGUAUAGGACCUGCUGCUCUGGCUACUGGUGAGGCUGCUGCUCUGGGUGCUAGUGAGUCUCCUGCUCCAGGUACAGGUGCGGCUGCUGCUCUAGGUGCUAGUGAGUCUGCUUCCUCAGGUGCGGGUGAGGCUGCGCUCUCAGGUACCGCGUUGGCUUCGGCCUCCCUCACCUUUAGACUUGACUCUGGGGCUUCUCGCUCCUUCUUUCGGGACCGCACCACACUCACGCCGCUUGGUCGGCCGGUUGCAGUCUCCCUGGCUGACCCCUCUGGGGGUCCUGUCCUCGCUCACUUUUCCACUGUCCUCCCGUGUCCGGCAGCCCCCUCGGGCACCCUGUCUGGCCUGUACCUCCCCUCGUUCUCGACGAACUUGGUGAGUGGUGCAGACCUGCAGGAUGCGGGGGUUCACCAGUUCACUCCUGCGAGUCAGCGGGUGACCCACUGCACGGACGCACGCACAGGCCGGCACCUGGCCACGUUCUCGCGUCGGCCGGGGUCGAGCCUCUACACCCUGACCACUGAGUCUCCUCCUGUCCCUGCGUCCGGUCAGGUAGCAGCGUCAGGUCAGGUGUUUGCUGCUGCGUCCAGGUCUGGUCCUGAGUCUGCCCCCUGCUCGUGUCGCCUCUUGUCUCACGAGACUCUCCUGUGGCACCACCGUCUUGGCCACCCCUCCUUGCCCCGUCUUCGGGGCAUGGCUUCCCGUGUCCUUGUCUCUGGUCUUCCCCAGUCUCUCCCUCCCCUUCCUUCGGGACCAGGACCUUCCUGUGUCCCCUGUGUCGAGGGGCGCCUCAGGGCUGCUCCUCAUUCCUCCCAGUUUCCCCCGACAGAGGCUCCUCUGCAGACACUUCACAUGGACGUGUGGGGCCCGGCCCCCGUCCGUGGGCAGGGUCACGAGCGCUACUUCCUGUUGGUGGUUGACGACUACUCGCGUUACACCACAGUCUUCCCCUUGCGCAGCAAGGGUGCUGUCACUGAGGUGCUGAUCGACUGGAUCCGCGAGGCUCGUCUCCAGCUCAGGAGGAGCUUCGGCUCGGACUUUCCUGUUCUGCGUCUGCACUCUGACCGAGGUGGGGAGUUCUCCUCUGGCCUUCUGCGAGACUACUGUCGUGCACAGGGGAUCCGCCAGACCUUUACGCUUCCGGACUCUCCACAGCAAAAUGGGAUUGCUGAGCGCCGCAUUGGCAUGGUCAUGGAUGUCGCUCGUACGUCCAUGAUGCAUGCGGCUGCCCCCCAUUUUCUGUGGCCGUUUGCGGUUCGGUACGCGGCGCAUCAGCUCAACCUUCACCCCAGGGUCUCUCGGCCCGAUAUGUCCCCAGUGUUACUGUGGACGGGGAAGGUCGGCGAUGCGUCUGCGUUCCGUGUCUGGGGAUCUCGGGCGUUUGUCCGCGACUUGUCUGGGGACAAGCUGUCCCCCCGUGCUGCUCCCUGUGUCUUCCUUGGCUUCCCCCCUGACGCUCCAGGGUGGCAGUUCUACCACCCCUCCUCUCGUCGUGUUCUGUCCUCCCAGGACGUCACGUUCGACGAGUCAGUCCCCUUCUACCGCCUCUUCCCCUACGGUACUCCUUCCCUCCCCCCCCCACCGGACUUCCUGGUACCAGUUCCCCCCCCGGUAGACCCCCUCCCCCCUCAGGUUCCUGCCCCUUCAGGUUCUUCCCAGGUAGACACGAUCGGGCCAGUCGAGGUUGCUGCUGAGUCUGGUCCUGCUGCGGGUGCUGAGCCUAGGGGUGCUGCUGUUGGGGGUGCUGAGUCUGGGGGUGCUGAGCCGGAGGGUGCUACGUCAGGAGCUGCUGAGCCUGGGGGUGCUGGGCCUGGAGGUGCGGAGCCUGCGCCUGCUCGACUUGGGGGCUCUCCGGUUCUUCAGUCUCGGCGGGAGCUGCUCUCUCCACAGGAGCUGCGCGAGUGGUUUGCUCGCCGCUGGAGGCGUGCUGCCGGAGCUGGAGCUUCUUCGCCUGCUGAGGGUGCUGGUGCUGGUGCUGAGUCUGGAGCUGCUGAGCCUGGAGGUGCUGAGUCUGGAGCUGCUGAGCCUGGGGGUGCUACGUCUGGAGCUGCUGUGCCUGGGGGUGCUGAGUCUGGGGCUGCUGAGCCUGGGGUUUCUCCUGCUGCUGCGUCUCGUCGGGAGCCCCUCUCUCCACAGGAGCUGCGCGAGUGGUUUGCUCCCCGCUGGAGGAGUGCUGCUGGAGCUGGAGCUUCGUCGACCGUCGAGGGCGCUGGUGCUGCCGGUCCCGGAGCUGCUGGGCCUGCGGGUCCUACUGGAGCUGGAGCUGCUGAGGGUGUUGGUGCUGAGACUGCUGCUGUCUGUCCUGGCGGUGGUUCUGCUGCUGGUGCUGCUGGAGGUCCUGCCGCUGGAGGUGUUGGUGGCGCUGGUGCUGUCACUGAGGGUGCUGGUGCUGUCCCUGCUGAAUCUGGAGCUGCCGCGCGGCCUCGGCCGUACUUCGUUCCGCUCCUACAGCAGGUUCUUGGUCUUUCUCCUUCGGUAGAGUGUCCACAGCCUGUCCAGUUGCAGUCGCUGUUGGAGCCUUCCUCUCCUCUGCCUGCUCCCUCUCCGUACACUGGUCCUACUGGAGGUCUUGCUGAGCGUCGUGAGCCUUCGUCUCGUCCCGCGUCGCCUGUUCGUGCUGCUCGAGCUAGUGGUCGCGGUUCGCGUCAGCGUCCUCCUCCUGUCCCUGGCACGCACCGGAUGUCUCUGCGUCCGUCCACUGCUCCUCUGCGUGCCCCUUUGCCUUCUCCUCCUGAGUCCUCUCUUCCUGCGCUUGCCGACCCUGAGUCGGACUCUCUUCGUGUUGCCAGUCCUACUGUCACGCGUCUGCUUGCUACUGUCGUCGCUGACCCCUCUUUUGAGUCCACUGCUGCGUCUGCUCUUGUCGCUGAGCUCGUCGACUUUGCUGCUCGCUGUCGUCUAGACUACGCUGCUAGUCUUGUUGCUGAGUCUGCGUCUGUCUGUCCUCCGUCCGUCGGGGGUGAGUGUGCUCUUGGCACGGACGUCCUAGAGGACAGGCAGGAGGAGUUACAGUGUCUGGCUGCUGCUUCACCUCAUCUCGCGUCUGUACUGCUUGCUCCUGAGGGAGACCCGGAUGCACUAGACAUCCCGACUGCGCGCUCUUACGCGGAGGCCGUAGAGGGUCCCUACUCCUCUCAGUGGCAGGCAGCUAUGGAUGCAGAGAUGGCUUCCUGGAAGUCCACAGGCACCUACGUUGACGCAGUUCCCCCUCCUGGGGCGAACAUCGUCAGUGGCAUGUGGAUCUUCCGGGUGAAGCGGCCGCCGGGCUCUCCACCUGUCUUCAAGGCGCGGUACGUUGCUCGUGGCUUCAGUCAGGGACAGGGAGUUGACUACUUUCAGACCUUCUCUCCCACCCCGAAGAUGACCACUCUUCGGGUGCUGCUGCACAUAGCCACUCAGCGCGACUACGAGCUUCACUCUCUCGACUUCAGCACUGCGUUCCUGCAGGGUAGUCUGCACGAGGAGAUCUGGCUGCGCCGUCCACCUGGCUUCACUGGGACUUUCCCUCCUGGCACCCAGUGGAGCCUCCGACGGCCAGUCUACGGUCUCCGCCAGGCACCGCGUGAGUGGCACAACACACUGAGGACUACGCUUGCGGCUCUUGGGUUUGCUCCGUCUACUGCUGACCCGUCGCUGUUUCUGCGCACCGACACUUCACUGCCGCAGUUCUACAUCCUCGUGUACGUCGACGACUUGGUCUUUGCCACAGCGGACACUGCUAGACUCGCCUACGUGAAGUCCGAGCUGCUGAAGAGACACACGUGCACAGACCUGGGUGAACUGCGCAGCUACCUUGGCUUGCAGAUCACUCGGGACAGAGCACGCCGCACCAUCACCUUGACUCAGUCACACAUGGUGCAGCAGGUCCUUCAGCGCUUCGGCUUCACGUACUCCUCGCCUCAGGCCACUCCUCUGUCUACUCGCCACUCGCUCUCAGCUCUGCCUUCGGAUGAGUCCGUAGAGUCGAGUGGCCCGUACCCAGAGCUUGUUGGCUGCCUCAUGUACCUGAUGACCUGCACUCGACCUGACCUUGCAUACCCUCUGAGCAUUCUUGCACGCUAUGUUGCUCCUGGGAGACACCGACCAGAGCACAUGGCUGCAGCGAAGAGGGUAUUGCGCUACCUGUGCAGUACGUCGGGCAUGGGGCUAGUGCUUGGAGGGCGGAGUCCAGUGGUCCUUACAGGCCACGCGGACGCUUCUUGGGCUGACGACCAGGCUACGCAGCGGUCGUCACAGGGUUACACCUUCAGUCUUGGUUCCGGCUCUGUCUCGUGGCGGUCUACUCGUUCGUCUUCGGUUCUCAGCUCCAGUUGUGAGGCUGAGAUCUACGCCGGGGCCAUGGCUGCACAGGAGCUUCGCUGGCUCACCUACCUGCUGACUGACCUUGGAGAGCCGCCUCGUUCUCCUCCAGUGCUGUACGUAGACAACAAGGCCAUGCUGGCCUUGUGUCGAGAGCAGCGCUUGGAGCACAGAACGAAGCACAUUGCUCUCCACUACUUCCUUGCUCGUGAGCUGCAGCAGCGUGGUCAGUUGCGACUUGCGUACGUGGCCUCUGAGGCCAACACUGCUGAUGUGUUCACCAAGGCACUCGCGCCUUGUGACCAUCAGCGCUUCUGCACCCAGCUGGGUCUUGUGCCUGUCUUGCCUCACUUGCUCUCCUCUUGA